UUCCACACACAAACAAUGUCCAAAGAAAAAACCAGUCUAUUACUGAAGCGUGAAUCUGCUGAUCUGGGGGUAUUGUCAGUGAAUACGGACUUAUCAGACGUCACCUUUAAUGCCAUAACCCCCUCUAGCCCGAGUUCAAAGUUCACAAAAUCAGGCCUCGACCAGGUGAAUCCAGCCACGUGCCCAUUUAGAGGAGUCGUGCUGUCCUUUUGGGACAACAUUCUUGGCCCUCGAACACGCCAUGUGUGGAACGCCAACAGAGACAACCCGCUACCAUCGGACCUCUUGUCUCAUAUAACCAGCCAAGUUCUUAGCUGUGAAAUUUGCAGAGAUCCGUACAAGUGCGACAUUGACUUCAAGUUUUAUAAUUUGCCGCAUAAAGGAGUAGUUGUUCCAGCAUUUGUGUUCUCUGCCAAAGGAACACACGGUAUGUCCGUGCAUUCUCUGUAUGUAGUAAUACCAAACACAGAGCUGGAAUUCUACCUUGGAAUUCAUGAAACUUUGCUGAGCUGUUUCCAGCGAUUAACGAGAAAACUGAGGGUCAUACUUGACAAGAAUCCAUUUGAUGUGUCGGUUGAUGUUUUCAAGAAAUACCUGUCUGAUUGCGUUCGAACCCUGUCACUUCUUCACAAUACUUCUUUGGCAACAAAUAUUGCGUUAGCGGACACAGUGUUCUGUCGCGGGCAUGCACGUGUACUAGACAGUGAAUUCUUGGCUCGCUGCAUCGCUUCACAUCUUAUGACCUUCGGUCGAUCAUUGGUCCUUGGAGACACACCUGAAAAAAUAAACCUGGUGCUGAAUACGCUGUGCAUGUUCAACAGUGAAUCAGAGCGUCGGUGCUCCCUGCCAUUCUGUGUGAAGGACCCGCAAGCAUACCACCAUGAUAUCUACCUGCAGGGGCUUUUGAAGGGUAGCGAUAAUUCAUUUCUGCCAAUGACAGAGUUGUUGGUGAGCAGUUACCCGACCACUAUCAUAGACUUGACAAGCCGAGAUGUCAGACAGAUGCAGAACUAUAGUGAGCACGCUUUCCAAAGGUUUGCUACUUUGAAGAAUGAGCUUAUAUGUCUGCAGUAUGGAAACUUUGAGGAACUUUUAGUGCAAGAUCAGGAUCUGAUCAACAGCUCUGUGUUCCCAGACACCCUGGUGCAGACGCUUGUCAAAGAGAUAUUUGAGUUGCCGGGCAGUUGUUGUGUUCAGGCGGCAUACAUCGCCCAGUUCAUGAGGAUACUGCAUAAGAGAGCCCAGUGUCUGAUUGAGUCAGUCCGGGCAGAGAGCAAUGAAGGCCAAGUACUAGUCAAGUCAAAUAUUCUGCGGAAGAUAAGACUUGACUUACAGCUGAAUGCUGAAGGAGAUUUCCUGAUCGUCCUGGCAACUGCUGAGAAACUGAAGCCUGGGCUGUAUACGUUUUUGAAACCACAUCGAUCCCUGGACAGAGACUUCAAAAACAUUGAUAUGUACAGUACAAAGGUGUAGGGGAUGGCAUUGACCAUACGUUAUAUAAAUGUGGUGAAGUCUCCAGUCCUGUGAUAUUGAUGGUGAUGAAAUACUGGCAUGUUUUGUGCGGAGGGUAACUUUUUAACCUUUCAGUUUUGCUUGAAAUUCAAUAUUAUGAGAUUUUUUUUAAAUAUUAUAGCAGUUGAGCUAUGAAAUGUCGCUGUUUGGAGGUCUUAACUGGUGUAGGGGGCAGUUGGCAAAUCAACUGUAGAAUGCUUGCAAUUUGCAAGGAUGACAUAUCCAAUUGUUUCAAAUUUAAUUCUCGUUUGUAAAAAAAUGUUGUUACAUGUAAGAUCAAUCAAUAGUCAAUAUAAAUAAUGUUAUUUCUCAUACUAUAUAUGAAUUGUGUGUAGAAACCAUUUUAUUAGCUAUAUGUUAUAUGAUAGAACAAAAAAAUAUAACUUAACAAAAAGUUUAAAAGUUAAUUUCCUGAAAAAUUGCAUCAAAAGUCUUCAGAAACAAUGACUUACAAAACCACACGUCUUCUUGAUGGUAAUAUUAGUUCACUAUCCAAUGCCUGCGUCUGUGUUCUGCAUUUCAGCAGAAUUAUAAUCUUAUUUCUUCUUCGAAAUAAUAAGGGCAAGCUUUUCUUACAAGUUUUUAUUUCUGUACCUACAUGUAUUACAGAUAUUCCAUUGAAAUUUCAAAUCUGUAUAAAGUUUAUAUAAUAAGAAAUGAUAAAGAUCAUAAUUGUUGUGCUGAUUAACCCUUUGCAUGCUGGGUAAUUUGUCAUCUGCUAAAAUGUCGUCUGCUGAAUUUCUAAAAUUAGCAUUUUCUUCGAUUUUUUUCAAAGAAUACUAUCAGAAUACUAUCAAAUUGCAAAGGCCUUCAAAAUUCGGUUCCAGCACUGUAAGGGUUAAGUUGGUAUAGCACCAGACUACACAUACAAGGAGCUUGGUUUACUACCACAGCCCUACCACCUAACUUGUGUUGUGACUGGUCAUGAAAUCCUUGUAACGGCCUUUCUUUCCUUACCUCUGAUAUAUCUAGGUAAGUAGUGAGUCACUGACAUAAAUAUGUGCACUUAAUACUUGAAAACAGGAUGGCUGAUCUAUUUAAAAUAAAACAAUGUUACAUUUUGGAAAUCUAUUUGUCACAAACCAAUUCAUUGAUUUAAACAUAGUUUUAACACGUUUUUGGAUGAUCCUUUUUAAAGAAAUUCUUAAAGUAUUUUAUGUUGAAAAAACAACAACAUGGUUGCCAUGGUUUAGGAAUAUGAAAAAUAUACUGUAUGAUUAUUUAAGGGCCUUAGAAUAAGUAGUCAGAAACCUUGGUUUCAAAAUUCUUACACCUAAGUAUUACCUAAAAUGACUUGUUUGAAACAUUAGGGCCAAAUAGCAAGUAAGGAUUUAUAUCUGUAUGGAAUAAUUUGCAAACCAGAAUAUAAAGAACCCUAUGGAGAAGCAGGCCAUGUAGUGACUGCUUUGUGAGAAUGAUAAGGAUGAUUAGAACUAAAGCAAUCAACUGACGUUUUCAUAUUUAAUAUAUUAUACAGAGGUUAUGUUUAAGAGUUACAUAUUGUUCGCUUGGUAUUUUUUAUUUAAAGAAAGUCUCUUAUUAGCAAAAAUCCAGUUUAUGCGUAAAGUGUUGUCCUUGAUUAGCCUGUGUGGACUGCACGGGCUGAUCUAGGAUACUCAGCACAUGCAUUAACACCAGUUUUUCUCGAAUGCAGCCAGUAUUUUAGCUUUAUACUGGAGAUCUUUUGGAGAUUAUCUAACACAUGUUUCUUUUUUGUUGACGAUCAUGAUAAAAUCAGUUUCAAUGAUAAAAUAGCAGAUGUCACUGGGGAAACCAGGGCCCGUAUUCACCAACCCAUUCUUAGACUUAAGAAUAAAGAAUAGACUUGGAACCAAGAAAAUGCGUUUAGUGUUUGAAUGUUUACAAGUAUCCACUGGUGAUUAUGUCAUGAACAAAAUGUUCUACAUGAAGAAUGAUAUAGAUUGAGAAGUUUAAUGCCAAGUCACACUCAAAAUUCAAGCAACUCUUCAAUUAUCAAGUUAAAGAAUAUUCUUUAUUCUUAGACUUAAGUCUAAGAAUUGUUUGGUGAAUACGGGCCCUGAACUAAGAAUUAAUUGCAAAUGUUCAAUGGAAUAGCCUAACUUGCAGGAAAUCAAAUAAAACGAUACCAACAGCUUUGUUGAUCCCUACUACUACAGACUGUUAUGUAAAAUCAAUUGAAUGCCUCGUAGUGCCACAAGUUGCUUUUGUUCUCAAUAAAUUGCAAUGCCGCUGUUGUUGUUUUUAUAAUACAUAUUAUUAUUGUUAAAAAAAGUUUGUUAGCAUUUUGUUGAGAUAUAGUUUGUUUAAUAAGCAUUGAUUUACACAUCCCAAUAAACUGUGAUGAUUUUUU